AAACUAGACAGAACAGUUUGAUAAAGGACACGAUACUGGAUGGAAUUGAGCAAUAUUGGCAUCGACAAUGCCUCGGUAAAAACGAUCAUCUUCUUCAUACAUUGAAGAAAAUGAUGACACAGAAUGUCACAAUCCAUCCUUCCGAAACCUUUGGUAGCAUCGAGGUGAAUGUUGACAACUUUACCACUCACCGAACGUUUGUGUUUGACUGUAUCGAUGUGUGUUUAAGUGAUCAACUAGGGUAAGAUGCCUACCAAUAAAAACUAUCUAUUUAAAGAUUGUGUUGCCGACAAAAGCUCUAGUGUCUCUGUAUUUUUAGAUCGGGCAUCUCUAGAAAGCGCGGUUCACGAUGCUUUGGGUCAGUUACCGUGCUCGACUCCUACAAAAGCCCUUGUCCAUAUGGUGCUUGCGUUUGGAAUCCAUUUUUUACACUGCGAAGGCCGAUGUGAAAGACUACCAGAACUCCAACACAAUCCUCUCCUUCACUUUACUAAGGCCUUGAAGCUUAAAGAUCAGCUGUUGAAUGAUAUCUUCUCUGUUCAGAGUUUACAGACAUACUUCGGGCUGCUCAUUGAAUCGAGAGAAACCCGCAGUCUCCUAUUUAACUGCAUUCAGUAUUCACAGAUAAUGCGCUUGAACAGAAGCACUUCAAUAAAUGCAUUGUGUGCUACACCAAAUGACAGGAGAAAAGUGAAGAAGGCCUUCUGGUUUUUAUACGCCAUGGAGCAGCGCUUUUGUCUUCGGACAGAGACUUUUCCUCUUCUUAAUUAUGACUUUAUCGAUCAUGAACCGCCAAAACCAGAAGGGCAUUUGGCAUCAGUUGAUUGGUUGUCAAUAUGGUGCCACCAUGCGAGUCUCUGCGCGCUCAUCCUACAGGAGUUCUAUGGCCAAAGAGCACUGCAAAGCCAAUGUUCGAGUUCCAUCUCUGCUCUCGAGGAGCAGCUGCGCAAAUGGAUGCAACGAUUGCCAUCAGAACUUCAAUUAGUAAAUGGCCAAAUGGGUGAGCUGAACAUGAUGAGACCCCAAGAGCGAAGAGUAAAGCUCCACAUUUUCUGUCUGUACUAUGAGAUUCUACUUGCAGUAUAUGCAAAGCAGACAUCCACAGAGUCUCUAGCUGUUACUGAUCUCAAUAUGUGGCCAUCAUGUGGAGAUCAGCAACAAAUUUCGGCAGUGAAAAAGCUCCUUGAGGCUAGCCAUCAAUUGACCGUGGCAGACAUACGUUUGGAUAUGUCAUUUUACCAACUGAUUCGCGUCGCUUCUUGUAAACUGGCGGUCAGUACAAUUUGCGAUGGUAGCAAUAGUAAAGAUCUUUCUUACCUUUCUAUGGCGGUUGGGUUCUUUGGACGUAUGGCUAUUGGCGAUAUCGACGGUCCCCAAGAGGAGGUUACAGAAAUUAUGAGAAUUGUACACCAGUUGGCAAAAGAUAAUCACGACAAUCAUUAGUAGCAGAAUGAAGAAUGGUGUUAUAUCGAUCAGAAAUGAACUUGAUGAAUUCUCUCUUGUCAACG